AUGGAAUCAACGAGGACAGCUGCUAAAGACGGAAAAUCGGAGGAGUCGAAUAAUUCUCAAAUAUACGAGCUGCGGAAACAAGAAGAGCUCGAAGGAAGUGAAAAAUCGAGACAUAAACGCCAGUUGAGGCGAAUGCUGAAAGGCCUGCCCGUGCAUAAAGGUGUAUUGCGAGAUCCACCGAAGCUUAUAGAACAGAGGUUGGAAGAAGGGCUCGUGCUGAAGCGAAAAAAUGAAAUGACUUUUACUCUUGCUGGUGCUGAAAACUCGUUAGAAAUUGAAUUGGUGUACAUAGGCAGCGAUCGAGAUUUUGAAACGCAACAUGAGAGCCACGGAGUUUAUAAAAAGUACCAGGUGUCAAUCCACAAAGAUGACCCAAAUGACGUAACAAAAAAGCAAUGGAAACGAUUUUUAUUAGAUAACCCCUUCAGAGAAAAAGGAGAACCAAGUGGACAUCAUUCUGGACUCCCGCUUGGUCUUUAUCACUGUCAGUAUCGAUUAAAUGGCAAAUUAAUUGCUGUUGGCGUGCUUGACUUCUUAACGAACUGUAUCUCCUCGGUCUAUUUCUACUACGACACAGAAUAUGAGUUUCUCAAUCUUGGAACAUAUUCAGCCCUCGUUGAAAUAUAUUUAUCUCGCUUUUAUGGCUUUGAGUGGUAUUACAUGGGAUAUUAUAUUCAAAGCUGUAAAAAGAUGCGUUACAAAAGAAACUUCCGACCCUCAUAUCUCGCCUGUCCCAAAUCAUUCGAAUGGAUGCCCAUAACAAAAUCCAUCUGUGAUCUGCUCGACAAAGACUCUCACUCUCGCCUCUCCGAUGAAAACAUAAAAGACCGCCGCUCCUUCGAUUUACCUAUAAACUUAAUUCUCAACGGCGUUGGUCCAAAGGUGCUAUAUCAGCGAGAAGUGCUAUCAUGGCAGGAAUAUCUAGAUGAAACUAAAAAAUUUCCUGUGCGCAAAGAAGACUUUGAAGAAGAAGAUCUGAAAAUAAUACAGCGAUACUGCUCGCUGAUGGGCCGCAAUCUUUCAACUUCGAUCUGCCUCUACCGAUCCUGA